AUGAAUAGUCGAUUGCAGGAAAUACGAGAGAGACAGAAACUGAGACGGCAGCUUUUGGCACAACAGCUUGGAGCUGAAAGUGCUGACAGUAUUGGAGCUGUACUAAACAGCAAAGAAGAACAAAAAGAAAUUGAAGAGACGAGAGAAACGUGCAGGGCCUCCUUCGACACAUCCGUGCCCAGUGCAAAACGGAAAUGUCAGAACGAGGGUGAAGACACAGAGGAGGAUGUAGAAGCUCCCAGAGAUGAGGUGGAGCCACAGCAGCCUGAUGAGAACUCACCGUAUGAGGAAGUUUACAAAGAUUCUAGCACCUUCUUAAAGGGAACCCAGAGCUUAAAUCCUCAUAACGACUACUGCCAGCACUUUGUGGACACGGGUCACAGACCUCAGAACUUCAUCAGAGACGUCGGCUUGGCAGAUAGGUUCGAGGAAUACCCCAAACUAAGAGAGCUGAUCCGCCUGAAGGACGAACUCAUCUCAACUACAAACACCCCUCCCAUGUACUUGCAGGCCGACCUGGAAACGUUUGACCUGAGAGAUCUGAAAUGCAAGUUUGACGUGAUUCUGUUGGAGCCUCCACUGGAAGAAUACUACAGGGAGAGCGGCAUCAUCGCCAACGAACGCUUUUGGACGUGGGACGACAUAAUGAAGCUGGAGAUUGAAGAGAUCUCUGCUCUGCGUUCAUUUGUGUUCCUGUGGUGUGGUUCUGGAGAGGGACUAGAUCUGGGCAGGAUGUGUCUGCGGAAAUGGGGCUUCAGACGGUGUGAGGAUAUCUGCUGGAUUAAAACGAACAAGAACAACCCCGGCAAAACCAAAACGCUGGAUCCGAAAGCGGUAUUUCAGAGGACAAAGGAACACUGUCUAAUGGGUAUUAAAGGAACGGUGAGAAGGAGUACUGAUGGAGAUUUUAUCCACGCAAACGUCGACAUUGACUUGAUCAUUACCGAGGAACCAGAAAUGGGAAACAUCGAGAAACCCGUGGAGAUCUUUCACAUCAUAGAGCACUUCUGCUUGGGACGCAGGCGACUGCACCUGUUCGGCCAUGACAGCACCAUCAGACCAGGUUGGCUGACAGUGGGGCCGACAUUAACCAAUAGUAACUUCAACGCCGAGGCUUACUCCGCCCACUUCAGUGGCGCCAACUCCCACCUGACUGGCUGCACCGAGGACAUCGAGCGGCUCCGCCCUAAAUCUCCGCCCCCUAAGACCAAACCCGAACGGGGAGGCGGUGCACCCCGCGGGGGUCGAGGAGCACCUGCCACGGGGCGGGGCGAUCGCGGGCGGGAGAGGAACCGACCAAACUUCCGCGGGGAGAGGGGGGGUUUCAGAGGGCGUGGCGGACCUCACAGAGGAUUUCCCCCCCGUUAG